GACUCGUCAGGGAGUCAGUGUUGCCGUGAGCGUUGUGAGGUGAGGGGGUGUCGCUGGAGGCUCUCAUGUACGCUCCCGGCGCUCUGUUAGUCUCUUUAUCAUAACAUGGUGGCGAUUAUCGCUGUGUGGGCAGUUGCCUCGUGGGCGCUGCUGAGUGGUGGGUGUGAGGCCCUUGACAACUGCCCUCCGAGCUUUGGAGGACUUUGCAGCUGCGGAAUGGGCUAUUCCCGAUAUGAUAACUUCCAGAAAGAGAAAUUUACUGUCAACUGCACAAACACAGGCUUCACUAAUGCCUCCAUGCUUCGUGAUCUCCCAGUGCAAACUGAAGUUCUCAUCUUUAAUGGCAAUACUGUGCCAGAGCUUCCAUUUAAUGUGUUCAGCAACUUCAAUAACUUCGAUGAUUUGGAGACCAUUGACAUGUCCAAUAACCAUUUACGGUUUAUUCAGGGUAAAACCUUUCACAAGGUAUACAAUGUUAAAAAUCUGAUUCUGGACCACAAUGACUUAGAAAUUACAGACAAGCGAGAAAGGCCCAGAGUCUUCAGUAAUUUUGAAAACCUGGAGCGUCUUCAUUUGACAAAUGCAUUUUCAGAGAAGAUCAAUUCCUCUGACUAUCUUCUGAGCUUAGAAGACAUCUUCUAUGAAAGUGAUCUCAUUUACCUGAAAAUAUUACAUCUGGAGCAAAAUGAGAUCUGGAGCAUAGGUAACAAUGCGAAGGUGUUUUGUCAGCUGGAGUAUCUGGAACAGGUACUUUUGGGUGACAAUAGGCUUAUCGAUUUUGACUUCCGUAUUGAUUGUCUCCACUCUCUAAGAUAUAUUGACUUGGAGAGGAACAUGAUUCCUAGGCUUUCUGAUCGUGCCAUGGCUGAUCUAGAUAGUUUUAUGAAGAGUAAAACUGCCGGUUAUCUUCAUGUCAAACUGGCUGAGAAUCCCUUUGUUUGUGAUUGUCGUUCUAAAAACUUCCUCAAUUGGUUAAACACAACUUCCGUCCAAGUGAUAGACUGGGAGAAAUACAGAUGUAUUGAUGGCUAUCCUGAAUCUAACAUAGGAAAACUAUUGAAUGAGGUGCAUGAGCUGGAUUGUCCUGCAAGCAGCAGUAAAAUAAAGACCAACAGCAGAAACAGCGAGAGCUUCCACGACGAUCACGUGAACAUCAUCCAUCACCACUCUGGUUAUUCCUCGUCCACCAUUGGUGCUUUGUCGUUCUUCUUAGUGUUCACAUCAUCCAUGUUAUUAGCUAUUGCAUACUUCCAUAAGCAAAAGAUUAUGGACCUAGUCGUUCCUUACUGGGACUUCAUUACCAGAAAGAUUGGAUACACCGGCAUUUCUAAUGAUGAAACUCCACAGGAAGUAAGUGUUUAACAAAACCUUUUCAUUAAACAAUGUUUGCUGUUUAGGUAGACUAUUGGAAGUGUGCAUAAAUUCUCAAGUGUAUGUUCUUUAGAUAUGCUGACAUAACACUAAUCACCAGUGGCAGAUCUCUCUGUGUAGUUGUUUCUUAGUGUAAUUAAAAUAUAGCUUAACAAAUCCUAUUUAUUAGUCAUAGCUAUUGAAUGUUUAGCCUUAAACCUGCAAAAUGUAUAACUUUUGUUUUAUAGGAAUUUCUUCUUAAAGAAAAGCUUCUUAAAAGUUGAUUUCCAUGAAUUCAAAACCAUUAGAGUAUCUGUAGCCUACUGCAUUUUGUUCCUUGUUAACUUUUAAUAUAAUAUUGUAUUUAACAUAUGCAAUAUGGAAGUAGUUGGUACUAUAAAAUUGAAUAGCUAGAUUUAUGUGACUUAGCAAAUGGUGAAUGAUCACAGUAGGAAAUUGAACAUAACUACACUGCUUUAAUAUUUUAGGUUGUAUUGAAAUUGGAUCAUGUAUGUUUGAGAUGCCUGAGGUUAUGUUAUAGAGUGCAAGCAUGAAUAUUUAUUGUAAUUUUUAUAUGCUGUGUGAAGAAUUGAAAUGUGUGUGUGUGUGUGAUGACCGUGUUUUAGCAUCUGUUAGUGUAAAGACACGGAAGAAUUUUUAUAGCUUAUCUGUUUUUGAAAGGGUUGUGAUUUGGACAGUUUGACAGCUAGUGCAAUGCCCUCAAGCCAUACUUGUCCAUGAUGCUGCCUUUUACUAAGGAGAAUUCCUUAUUUUUUCUAUAUUACUAUGAACAAAUUUGGGUAUUUACUCAAAUGCCAUUUUAUAUAUAUAUAUAUAUAUAUAUAUAUAUAUAUAUAUAUAUAUAUAUAUAUAUAUAUAUAUAUAUAUAUAUAUAUAUAUAUAUAUAUAUAUAUAUAUACAUACAUACAUAUACACACAUAUACAUGUACAUACACACACCCAUAUACUGUAUAUGGUUUCGUACAAGGGUAUACUAUACUGUACGUAUCUAGAUUAUUUGUAUUUACAGCACUUGGGUGAAACGUUCUGAAUAACACAUCCAUAAGCUAUUACUAUAUCUUAGUUAAAGUGAAGUUAGGCUAUAUACAGUUUUCUGGUACUGUUGGCAAUUAGUUGCAUCUCUGUAUGCGAGUGGAGCAUUUAGAAAAGCGAACUGCAACCAUAAGUGAGUGAAGCACUUUAAAGAACACUAAAAUGUCAUUGGUUGAUCCAUUUGUAAAGCGCUGUUCAUUCAUAAACAUGGGAACAGCUGCUAAAUUGAAGAGCUUUUGGUCAGUUUUGAAGACGUGUUGUACACGAGAUUGAAUUAUGCCCUGUAUUUUGAGAAGUGCUGGUUAGUGACAAUAAACAAUGAUUUAUGGAUUCAUGACUCUGUUGGAAGGAUAGUGACACAAACAAUGGUUCCCAGGAUGUGUGUGUGUGUGUAUGUAUACGUAUGUAUGCAUAUGUCAUACCUAAUAGCCAGAAUUGCACUACUCGGGGAACUAUUAUGCAAGGCCCAAUUUGCCUAACAGAUAGUUAUUUUUGUUAAAAAUAACUCUACCUACCUAAAAUAACUCUAAUGAAAUGCUUGAGUGCUACAAAAAUCUUUACUCAACUCAUUUCACUCCAUAACUGAACUAAUACAAAAGCAAAGGUUGCAACAAUUCAGAGAGGAAAUUACAAUUAUAAUAAUGAAAUGUGUGGUUUACAUGAAAACAGACUAAUCAAGAUUUGUAGUUAGAGCUGCAAGAUGCCAACACACCGCACAGUUGGGCAAAAGAGUAAGCACACAAACUACAACAGAUGCUGAAAGAUGUUGAAGCUUAUGUCCAAGAACAUCAUAAUAUACGAAAUAUGCAAUAACAGAAAUACCUUUAUCAUUAUGCAUGUAUUAUAUACCAAUAUAUAUAAUAUAUAUAUAUUUGUAUUCUAAUAUUUUCCAAGAUGGCUACUCUAUUGAGGGGACUGGGUAAUCUUGUUCUUCAUUUUCAUUGUUUGACUUGGGCAGUAGCAUUUAUAUCUGGCACAUUAAUUACAUUUCUAAAUGCUAAAGUUUUCAUUGUGUCCUCAACCCUCAAAGAACAGCUAUCUGCAAAAUUGCCACUGCAUGUGCACAAAAGGUCAUGAUAAUUUAUUCUUGUAGAAAACUUCCCGAGCCCAUUAUGGUUUUUUGUAACAUUUCCCACUAAUGCUCACAGGAUGGGUAUGGGGUGCAUAAUUAAUGAAGUAAACUAAAACAUUAACGUUGCAUGCCAAAGUAUGACAGUGAGGUGUACAUAGUAGUCUGUGGAAUGAGUGUAUAUUGAAUACAUAGUUUGCAGACUCGUAGUGUGAGAGGGAUCGAAUGAUCAAGUGUGAUGGUUUUUGUUUGCGAGUUCACUUGUUUGUUUACUUGAUGUAUUUUUUGUGGUGAAUAAUUUUAUUUAUGUAAACAGAAUUGACAGAAACAGUGGGUACUGUAUUUAGGCCUGCAAUGUAAUAUGUACACCUAUAAAAUACAUAAACCUGUCCCUGGGACAGCUUAAAGAAGGCGUUUCAACUCACUCCUUUACCGCCAUUCUGUCAAGUAACAUCUCCCAGGAAUAUAUUCGAACGCUGGAAGGAAAGGACCAAAUUGUGAAUUGACUUUACAGUAUUUUACCUCAGGCCACUAGUAGAGUAUGUGAUAACCUCAUCACAUGCUAUGCAAUGAAAAGAGAUAGAAUAUUUAACAGGUCUUGGUUAACUCUACUGCAUCCAUAUAGAUGUAUUAUAGUCAUAUUUACAUUACUAUAAAAAUCAUGCAGUAAUAGCUAAAAUUGGCAAAUGAUAACUGCAUUACCCAUGGGAUCCAUGUGUGAUGAUAAUUGCACUUUUGAGAAUUAAAUGCCGUUUUUAUAUUUGCCAAUUUCAUGUAUUUUUCUGACAUUAUUCUCAUCACAUGAGGAUCUGGCAUUAGUGUUGGGAUUAAAUCCAGUCCCAGGUUUUUCUCUCGUUUUAUGUACAGGCUUUUGCUUCUCGACGAUUUAAACCCAGUAAUGCAAUACGUGAAGUCUGGUCUCUGCUGAAAGUUCCCUGGUGCAAUUCCAAUGGCAGGAAAGAAGCACUUGACCAGUGUUUCCUUUCACUUGAGUCUCAUCUUCACCUAGCAGUUAAUAGGUACCAGGAGUUAGGCAAAUGUUAUUUGUAGCAUCCUGGAAAAAGUCGGUAAUUGGCCCUUGAGGUGCACAGAUAAGCCUGACAGGGUUAAUGUCCCCACCCCUGAGAAACCAAGUCCAAUCAUACAUCAUGUAUUUCUUGACUUGCUUUUAUUUUAUAGCAAUACAGUAAAAAUUGA